AUGCCGGUGGAUACGACCGGCAAACCGGCUCCCAAACGCCCCCCACGACGACCACCCACUGAGGAAGAACAGAAAGACAUUGAUUUGAAGCGGUUGCGGGGAGAAUUGUCAUGUGCGGAAUGCAGGAGGCUGAAGCUCAAGUGCGACAAAAUAGUGCCCUGUGGCUCUUGUGUGCGAAGGGGAUGCGAGAGUAUAUGUCCUUGUGGAAUUCUAUCUGCUGGCCAAGGGACUCGCUUCAUUCUCGCCGAUACCGACCAAUUACAUGCUCAAAUUGCGGCCAUGAGUCAACGGAUACGACAACUUGAAGAAGCGUUGGCGAUCUUGCAAGGUGCGGUAUCAAGUGAACGCCAUCCGCUGUUGGCACAGGAUCUUCUGAGCAUAAAAUUUGGAGCUGAAGCACAUAAACGCGUUGAAGACCCUCCCAUCAAACCGGAACCUGAUAUCGACGCUUUAGGCACUUUGACCUUGGGAGACGACGGAGAAGUCAAGUAUUUUGGCCGGUCCGCGGGAACAGAGGCCCUGCUCAUAGCUGAAGACGUUGAAUACGAAGAGGAGGAAGAGCAGCUGCUUAGCGACGACAUCACCGAAAUGGGAGAUGUGUUUCCAACUGGUGGACGUCCAAACCCAUCCAAACUUUCCCGUUUACGAAGUCUUCUCCCACCAAAGCAACAGGCAGCUGAGUUGGCUGAAUCUUGGCUCCACCACGGCGCUCUCUUUUUCCGCCCCAUCAAACAAGAAGAGCUCUUAGGCUCUUUCUUACAGUCUGUCUACGAAUCUCCAGACACCGACCCUCACACACUCUCGACGAUCUUCUUCAUUUUCGCUCUCAGCGCUCUGUUGGAUCUACGAUUACCGCCGUACAACACUGACGCUGAAAGGUUUUAUGGUGCUGGCCAGGCUGCGCUCGGUCUGAGAGCCGUGUACGACUCUCCCAGUGUCGAUACCGUGCGAGCGAUUGGUUUGAUGGCAACAUUUCACAGUCUGGGAGGGAAGAAAUAUUCGCGGAAUAGUGCGUGGUGUUUGAUGAGCAUUGCUGCUAAGCUGGCACAGAGCAUUGGUCUGCACCGUGACUGUGCUCGAUGGCAUAUGGAUGCGCAAACUGUACAAAGGAGGAGAUCUCUCUUCUGGGACGUAUUUUGCUCGGAUGUUUCCCAUAGUUUAGCCCUUGGUCGCCCACCUGCUAUUUCUCUGUCAUAUGUGGAUUGCGAGUAUCCAAUCGACGAAGAAAGCACGCUGACUGAUCUGGGUGAGAUCAGACCAGGGUUUUGGCGCUCGAAAUAUGUCUUCUCACGUGACAUCUGGGUGGGACUUGCGGAGGCUACGUUGGCUGCAAAAACGCCUGGUUAUGAGACGGUCUUGGAACUUGACAAACAAGUACGCCAGUUGAGCGUGCCCGACUCUUCCAAGCCCUAUCCUAGUCGUGCAGACGGUGAACGAGAGUAUCAUUCGCCGGCUGCAAGUCUCCGUGGGUUCUACGCCAGUCAAUAUCGCACAGUCACGAUGUUAUACAUCCAUCGAAGCUUCUACGCCCAAGCAUUGCUCGAUUUCCCAACGAAUCCUCUUCGCAGUCCGUUCGCAACAUCAUUCCUGACUGCAUAUCGCUCUGCUAGUGUGCUCAUCAAAGCCACGGCGUAUCAAUUCGACCGCAGUGCCGAAAUGGCGAUGAGAGUGUGGUUUCUGUUGCAUCACACUUUUUCAGCUGCAGUGAUUGUGGGCACAGUGGUCACCCUGUCUCCUCGGUCAAGUUUAGCAGCUAGUGCAUUGAACGACCUAGCUCUUGCUGUCGAUCUCUUUGAGCGCACCGCAGCACAAUCGCAUCGCGCCAAACUCGCUAGCGCUGUGCUUUCAAAACUCAGAGAUCGUGCUGUUCGCGCCUACGCGCUUUCUUCGCCCGACCUUGCUCCGACGAGUACCCUGUCGCCGUCCCAUUCCGAGCCAGGGGCAUUGUCCCCUGCCUCGACCGAAGACGCGGUCACGGACGAGCUGGAAAUCUUUGGUGGUCAGAAGCGGAUCUUGUCGCUGAAGCAGAAGCAUCGGCGCGGCAAGUCCGUGACCCCGGAAGGUCAAGCCGCCGCCGCCGCCGCGACAAUGCAGUCUUCAAGUAUGAUGGGUGCCGCGUCCGCGGGCUUUGAUGCCACGGGAGAGCAAUAUCCGUGGCUUGACGAUUUGCUGACUUUCAAUCCUGCCAUAAACAUGGCUGAACCACAGCAUGAAAUGUCCUCGGAUCUCUUCGAAAUGCUCUAUGCCCAAAACGACUCGGACCUGGGCUUCCUGGCUUCUUCUCCCACUUUCGCCUCGCAGCCCCAGCCGCAGCUCACUCUGGGCGGCGCUGUCCCCUCUGUUGGAGGGGCCAGUGGCGCCGGGGCGAUGGUUGAGCUGGGGUUGACGACCGAAUCUGGCAUGGACGCGGCCUGGUUGGCAUUCAUGCAGCAGUGCGGGGUGACCGUGACAGCGAGCGGUCAGCCUGAAGGGUUUUGA